AUGAAAACGCUGACACGCGAGAUUAACGCGACGCUGUUGGUAAUGGAGAACUCAGGUGCAAUAUCGCUAAUCGACCGACGCAUGGCGAGAGCACAAGAAACGGCCCUAGCCCGAUUCUACGGUCUCCCAAAAGUGCACAAAGAGGGCGCUCCUCUCCGGCCUAUCGUAUCACUAAAGGGCACUCCAACCUACGGACUGGCAAAGUGGCUGUUCCAACGUCUCAAGUUUCUGACCUCCGAUUCGAACACCACAGUCAGCUCGUCAACGCGAUUCUUGGAGAAACUUAAAGGAGUAAGUCUCCUGCCAAGCGAUAUCAUGGUUCCCUUUGAUGUCACGUCCCUUUUUACUUCUAUCCCGCAGGACCUGGCAGUCGAGACAAUCGAACUACUCCUACGAGAGAAGUACGACGAAACGGAGAAUCGCCUCGGUCACGCCCAAAUCAUCCAGCUCCUGAAGUUCUGUCUCAAGACGUACUUUACAUUCGACGGAACAAUCUACGAGCAGGUGAAGGGAACGCCAAUGGGUUCGCCGAUUUCGGGACUCAUAGCCGAGGCGGUCCUUCAACGGCUGGAGUCGCUGGUUUUCCGACACCACAGACCGAAAUUCUGGGCUCGGUAUGUGGAUGACACCUUCGUCGUCAUCGAACGGGAUCAGGUGCUGACUUUCAAAGAACAACUCAACGCCGUCUUCCCGGACAUUCAAUUUACGAUGGAGGAGGAGGAAAACAAUCAGCUGGCCUUCCUGGAUGUCCUCGUCUGCCGCAAAGAUUGUGGUGGCCUAAAAACCAAAGUGUUCAGGAAAGCGACAAAUACGACGCAAAUACUGAACUUCAAUAGCAACCACCCGAUCAGUCACAAACGCAGUUGCGUAAGGGCGCUAUACCGGCGUGUUGAGACGCACUGCAGUGAAAUGGAAGACAAGGUUGCUGAAUUACAAUAUCUUCGACGGGUAAUGAGAGCCAAUGGCUACCCGCGCAACUGUGUCAACCAGUGCAUACGAAAAGGAAACCAGAGACCAAAUCCAACUAGCCCCAAAUUUUGGCGGGCUCUUCCGUACGUGAAGAACGUCUCGGAAGCCGUCAGUCGUCUUCUCACUCCACUUGGAGUUGGGGUUGCACACAGGCCGGAAGCAACCAUUAGGCGCCAAGUGAUGAGGCCAAAAGACCCGCUGCCACGGCAGGAAACGUCUGGCGUCGUUUACCGGAUCUGGUGUAGUUGCGGACAAAGCAAUUAUGUCGGAGAAACUGGGAGAUUACUCCGUACGCGACUUGCCGAGCACGCAGCAGCAGUGAGGCGGGGAGACGCUAACUCUCAGGUGGCGGCACACUCGACGGGACCCGGCCAUAUUUUCAAAUUUCAAGAGGCCGAAAUCCUCGCAAGGGGUGACAACCGCGUGAGCCGCGAGCUGCUCGAGUCAUGGUUCUCAGGCCCGCAAUCCAUCAACAAACACAAUGACCUCCCGGUGGCCUAUUCCGUAUUGCAAUGUUCCCUGGGCAGGAGAAUCAGUCACGUGGGGAGGGCGCGGGUGAGCAAUUAUCACGCUGACAGUGAGCCAGUUUGCAGAGCAAUCGUCACACCAGCAUCGAGCACGGAUGACGAAAUCGCGGCAAUUAACAACUCGGACUCGGACCGCCAAGCCACCGCCGCAUCAAUUACGACCCCAGCGGCGAUUGUGAGAACUGUUAAUUGCAGUGCGCAUACGGUCCCACGGCAGCCACGUGCUAUAAAUACUGCACUCCUGGUGCCACCUUCACCUCUAUCUGCAAAUGUCUCUGAUGAUGGAUUCGAGUGA